AUGUCACAAUCGAAGCUGAAACAAGUAUUUAGCUACCAGUCAUGGGUGCACGCUGUAUCUGGAUCAGCGGGAAGUGUGAUAGCUAUGUCAGCUUUCUACCCACUGGACACCGUACGUAGUCGUUUACAGUUGGAAUCACCCGAACGCCGAAAAGCACUGAGCACGUGGAGAGUGCUGCGAAAUCUGAUCGAUGAGGAGGGCUUCAACACGUUGUAUCGUGGGCUGGUGCCGGUGCUAGAGAGUCUAUGCAUUUCCAAUUUUGUCUACUUCUACACGUUUCACAGCCUGAAAGCACUGCGAGCCGGAGGAAGUAUGGGACAAUCUGCGCUCGGCGAUCUGCUGCUCGGUUCUUUGGCUGGUGUUGUCAACGUACUGUCGACGACACCCUUUUGGGUAGUCAACACUCGACUGAAGAUGAAGGGACUGGGCCAAAAGUCCAGAAACAGCCACAGCGAAGUUCACUCCAACGUUCAAUACGACGGUUUGCUUGAUGGCUUGCAGUACAUCGCCAGGACGGAAGGCGUUCGAGGGUUGUGGGCCGGUGCCAUGCCAUCGCUCAUGCUGGUCAUAAAUCCCGCCAUGCAGUUCAUGGUGUACGAGGCGCUUAAGCGCCGACUCACGGCAGGGGGAACUUCCAAAACUCCGUCCGCGGUCGCGUUCUUCAGUAUUGGCGCUAUCGCGAAGAUGAUUGCUACCGUACUGACCUAUCCAUUACAGCUCGUUCAAACCAAGUUACGGCACGGGAACGGUGACCAGAGCCUCAACCUGCCGCCUGAUGUUGACACAGUACAAAUGUUGCUUAUCAUCCUGAAGCGUCAAGGCGUGUCCGGGUUGUUUCGUGGGUUGGAAGCGAAGUUGCUGCAAACAGUCCUCACAGCAGCCCUAAUGUUCAUGGCGUACGAAAAGAUUGCCCGUUUCGUCACCUCGUUAUUGCUCUCUAAGCGGACCGGUAUGGGGCACCACUGAUGACGUCAGCUGGUGCAUUUCGUAUAUCAACAGUUCAAUCAUACCAAUGAACAACUAUUGCUUUUACGAGGCAUUCUUUCUUCAUCUGUUGACUUUUCUAGAGAUUUGCAUUUAUGCAACAUCUAGUCUUUAACGAACAAGGUUUACUUUUAAUUUUCAUCUCCCAUCCGUUCGUUUCAAUUUGCUACAUCUGAAGGGAGAUGUCUGACAUUCCUUGUGAUUAUUUAAUUUAAUUUAAAUUAUUACGGCUUUGGUAAUAGAACGUACCGGGUGAACUGAAGAAGUGACUGCAGAGUGGGUGAUUUUCAUACAAUUUCAUGUUGGGUAAGCUUUAACUGAUUUCCAUGGUUGAGGAUAUAAGCUAAUUUAAUCAGUUGUUUACUGUGUACAUUCUUACGUUUGCGUAUCGUAAAAGGCAGCAUUUGACCAAA